CAAGAUUAAAAUUUGCUUCACACUCAAGGUCAAACGAUUGUACUCUUAUCCCCUUGGUAGCCUUGGUUAAUAGCGGUAGCCAGCAGCAACAGCAUCAGCAGCAUCAACAUAGAAAUGAUUCGUCAACAUGCUGAACAUGUAACAUGAAAAAUACAGCUUACAUAAACACGUAAUUAUAAAUUACUUCAUAACCUAUCCUAUCACCAGUGGUACGGGCACACAACACACACAUUAUCCUUUCAAAUCAAUAUGAUUUUAUAUAACUGCUAUCUAAUGAAAUUAAAAUAUAUACUCAUAAUAUUAUAAUAUAUACAGCAUACAUAUAUGUGUUCAUUCAGUCGAUCUGAAAUCAUACCUUUAUAUCAUCAUAACAAAAUUUAUAUGAAUAAGGUAUUUCUUAUUUUUACUAUCAUUGGUAUACUUUGCCUAAUCAGUGGAACGUCUAUUCUAUUAUUAUGGAUAUUUAUACCAGAAUAUAUACCAGAAUUAUCACAAGUCAGUGUGAAAAUUAGCGCUAUCAUAUGUACAAUCGGUGUGGUAAUUGUCACAGUCAUUAUUAUCUAUUUAUAUUGUCAACAAUAUUGUCUAAUAAGACGAAAUAACAAGAAACGACGAAAAAAACUGUCAAUCUAUAAGAAUGGAGUUCAUUAUUCUGAUGGGGAAUUGUAUUCUGAAAAUGAAAGUUUUGCUACAAAUUAUAAGCUAUCUGCUCCAAGUUCUUUAUCAAUGCCUGAAGUGUUCACUACCAAUGGUAAUCUAAUGCAUAAAGCCUUUGUAUCAUCACUUGGUUCAUUAGAAUUAGAAAAAUUUGAAGUUGUCGGAGUUGUACACAAAACAAGCUCGAAUUUAGAUUUUAUUAGUGUUGAAAAUAAUGGUGGUGGAAGGCAUAAAUCAGUUACUGACGACACGGAAACAUGCUCUCAUUCUUAUCGACGGUAUCGAUCAACUGGUUCACAUCCAAAUAUAUUGAUUGUUGAUCAAUUACCGAAUAUUUUCAGCGGGAAAACAUUUUACUUUCAUAGUACUAAUGAUACAGAUGGUAAUAAUAAUAACAAUAAUAAUAAAGACUAUGUACAUGCAACUACUACUACUACUACAACUAUAACUACAACUCCUGCUGUCACAACGACCCCGACUACUAAUACUGCUUGUGUUAAUACUGUAUCAAGUGAUCCGAAAAAGUUAUGUACAUCAGUUAAAAGUAUACCGUACUACCUUCUGCCAAGAGUAUCUAUUCAAGAGAUUAAUGAAAUCAAUUUGAAUUUCCCUGCAACAUCAUAUCGUCACCGGCAUCGUCAUCCUUAUCCUCACCAACCUCAGUAUAUGAGUGUUCGUCGAACAAGAUCUGAUAGAAUUAAACGCGGUAAAAUAAGUCGAUCAAUUCUAAUACCUACAGAUUAUUCAUUAGAUAGUCAUAUAUUAUUAUCAAGAUCAGAGAAUACACAACAAUUAAUCGAUAAUAAACCGUCUAUUUCAAGUAUUGGUUGUAUGAUUACUGAUCGAAGAAGUAGUAGCAGUGGAGGUGGCGGUGGCUGUGGCGGUCACGGUGGCGCUGUGGGUGGAGUUGGCUACCAUAACCACAGUGAUAACAGCAAUAACAAUGUAAAAAAUAACAACAGGUAUCAUUUACUUUAUACCAAUGGAAUUGUCCCUGGUCGAAGUUAUCAUCCGCAUAAGCCUAGUACCGAUUCAGAAAUAUCAACUAUGGAUAAUUCUAUCUCAUAUCUAUUCGGGACAACACCACCAAUUGGUCAGGCGAGUUUAUUUAAUCUAAACACUGCUAACACUAUUUUUAUUACUCAAAACAAUGACAAUAGUAGUAGUAAUAAUAAUAAUAAUAUAGACGACGAGAAAGGCGCAGAGUUGAACACUAACACCUCGGCACCAACAACAACAACAACGACUACUCCUACUACUACUACUACUGCUGCUGAUGCUGCUGCUGCUCUUGCUCCUGCUACUUCAAUGAAUUCAGAAGAAAAAGAUCCUCUGAAAGGCAAAUAUUUUGUUAUCAUGAAGAAUUGUGAUGAUAGUCAGUCGCCGCAUAAACCACAGCCGGUUCUCUCUUGCACAACGUUAUUCACCGGUGAUGAAGACAACUCAAAUAAUAAUAAUAGUAAUAAUAAUAAUAUUGACGGUGAUAAUGAAAUAAUCAGCAUAAAUAAUAAUGAUAACAGUAAUGGUGUCAACAGUCUGAAAUAUCUUCAAGGCAUCUAUUCCACGAAAUGGAAUGUAUUUCCAGUUUAUAUUGAAAAUGACAGAAUGAUUCAAUCGAAUAGUGUCGACAAGAAAAGUUUCCACAAUGAGGAUAGUGACAGUGGUGAUGGCGAUGGCGAUGAGGAAAAGAGAACACCUUCAAGUAUACCUACUACGCCUUCUGCUUCUCAUCAUCAACGACAACAUCGUGAGGGUGUUAAAACUACCGGUUAUUCAAUAUUCAAUCCUGUACGAUCGUUAAUUGAUAAAAUGAAACAACGUUGGACGAAAAGAAAAACUAUGAAAAGUAAACGAUCACAUCAUCAUCAUCAAAAGACAAGAAUGAAGAAAAGAACAACAAUAAAAAGUAUCAGUAAAGAAACAGUUCAAGAAUUCUCUGAAUUCUCAUUGACACAAGAUUCAAAUUUCAAUGAUAUUCUAUUGGACAGUUAUACCGCCAAUAGUAAUAAUAAUAAUACCAAUACCAAUAAUAGUAAUAAUAAUUAUGAAAAACAUCGUCGACAAACCAUCAUUACAAAUGCAUCGAUAUUUUCAUUACCAGCUAUUCCCCCGGCAUUAUGGAAUGCUGAACGUCCUGUCUGGAUAAUGGGUGUACCGUUAAAUAAUCCAGGCACUGACGAGGAUAUGGAUAAUGACAGUUACAGCAACAAUAAUAUUAGCGAUCAUUGGUUCACUGUAGAUACAAAUAAAUUGAUUUUAUUAAAAAGACAACAAUUAAAAUUAAAAAACAAUAAUCAGAAUCAGGAUAAUUUAACAGAUUUACAAAAUUUAAAUAUUACCGGAUCAUCAUCAUCAAUUUAUGCAUUUCAUGUACGUCCACCGCCAAGAUUGAAACCGGCUACGACAUCAGCGGCAGCUAUGGAGAAAUCAAUCAAUCAUCAUUCGCAUACACGUGCACGAUCUGUUGGACAAAUGUUGACAACUUGUGAUGAUAAAAGUCAGACAUAGCCGCAUCAAAAUAUAACUGUGACUAUAUAUGGAGACAGAUAUCCAUCCUCUGGGGGCAAUGGUAAACCACCGGAGCUCCAUGGGUCCGCUUUGUGGACCCCAACCCUUGGCGCACUUCAGUCUAAAGGGAUCGGGUAACUACUGGGUAGUAGUAGUAGUAGUAAUAAUAACAGUAGUGUGUCAUCAGUCAUAAUAUCAUAUACAAUAGUGGUGAUGGUAAUAAUAAUAAUAAUGUAAGUAUGGCUGUAUAUUAUGUAACUAACAACUGCACCGCCCACCACAGCAGAGGCUUGGUUUUAGGUCUCAUAAGUAUUUAAACCCCCUCGCCCUCCCUCCCCGAUCUCAUUGUUUCACUAAUUUUCCUCCCCCUUGUUAAUGAAGGCUAAAUAUUUCUUCAUUCCCACAAUUGUAAUAUUGUCUUCUAAGUAUAUAUAUAUUUUCUUUCAAUUAUGAAACAGCGCCGAACUCCUCCUGCCCCUCCUCCUGCUGCUGAUUUUCUAGGGUUCCAGUGAAUUAGGCUUUACUUCCUCUCCUCCUGUAAACAGAUUCUUUCACUUUUGUAGGCUACUUUACUUUGUUUGCUACAUAAAAUUUAUUAUAAAAAUCACACAUAAACACACAAAAUCAUUAGACGUACGACGACGUGCCCAUGGUUCCAAUAGUAGGAAUGGUUGGCGGCAGCUACGCAUGUGUGGGAUGUUCAAAUGACAACAGAUACACUCGCCUAAACACCUCGCAUCUAGUUUACUAGUCGGAUAGAGAAAGCCUGGAAAAAUGGGAGAAGAUUAACUAUGAGGCUAUCUAGCAAUAACCCCUCCAUCUAGGAAUACAAAGAAUGCGACAAUGAAUCGGAAUAAGACAAAUGCCAAUGCCCCACCACCAUUCACAUAGACAAAUAAAGUAUUGUACAUUGAUCAUAUUUUAUACUACAUGGCGGGGUUUUCCUUAAAAAAACAAAACAUAUUUCAAAUUCAAAGAAUGAAGGAACAGUUCUCAAUGACUUGUCUGUUAAUACUUCAGAGUCAGAGAAGGAACACACAUACACAGAAAUCAAUAAUAAGAAUAAAAAAGAGAGGAAAAAGGGCAAAUUCUUUGUAAUUUUAUAGUUUAUUAUCACAUAUAAUAUUUUUUUAAAUAAUAAUAACAACAUUGUAUUAAUAUACUUUCUUCUGAUAUAAAUAAGUCCUUUUU